AGUGCGCAGAGCAGCUCUUUGGCACGCUCACUGCAGGCGGGAGCUGCUGAUCCACGAGGUCUCUGCCAGCAGGCUGCACCCUGACAGCUCUCUGGGUAGUUUUCUUUGUGCCCACAGGUGUUGUCUGGUGCAGACUCGAGCUGCACUGCUGCAACCAUGGACAGAGCGUGUGCUGCUGCAGUUUGCACGGCUUUUGCCGUGGCUUAUUCUGGCUACUUCUUCACCCACCUGGCACGUCACAUCGCCCGUGCCUGGAGAGAAUGCGCUCCUUGGAGCCCAAAAUCAACCUCUGAGCUUGCUGUGGCUGAGUGUCUUCCUGAAGAAGAGGCCAAAGGGAAGGAUGAUGCCCAACAAGCUGUAAAUGCUGCCACUGCAGGGUCUGAGCAGCCAGCCUCAAGCUCCAGCGCCUCUGUCGUGGCACCUGCACGAGCUGCAGCUGCAGGCUCUGAAGAAGCCUGCAGUCCCCAAGCUGGGAGCUCAAGCACGAGCAGCUCGUGUAGCUGGAGCACAAGCAGGUCCUGUGGCAGCAGAGAGCAGCUGCGAGAGAGGACAGAGGACAAGUGGCUGGCCAUGCUGAGGAUGCUGGUGAGCAAAAGAGAUCCAGAGGCUAAAUACACCCACCUGAAAACUCUUGGCGCUGGGGGUUUCGGCACUGUGUGCACGGCAGUGGAGACUGCCACAGGAGAAGAGGUGGCCAUUAAGAAAAUUAGUCUCCUGCAAGAGAGCAGCAGUGAGCUAUGUGUGAAGGAAAUCCAGGUCAUGCGGGACAAUAAGAACAGCAACCUGGUGAACUAUAUAGACAGCUACCUGGUGCACGAGGAACUCUGGCUCGUGAUGGAAUACAUGGACGGAGGUUCCUUGUAUGAUGUCAUCAGCGUGACCAGGAUGGCAGAAGGAGAGAUUGCAGUUGUCUCUCGGGAGUGCCUGCAGGGUCUGGAUUUCCUUCACUCCAAGCAACUCAUCCACCGAGACUAUCAAAAGCUGACAACAUUCUCCUGGGCUUGGAUGGAUCUGUCAAGUUGGCUGAUUUUGGACUGGCUGCUCAGCUCACGGCUGAGCAGAGCAAACGGAGAUCGGCUGUCGGAACAACUCACUGGAUGGCGCCAGAAAUUUUCUCCAGGAAGCCCUAUGGCCCCAAAGUGGACAUCUGGUCCUUUGGCAUCGUGGGCAUGGAGAUGGUGGAAGGAGCGCCUCCUUACCUGAUGGAAAGCUCGCACACGGUUGGACAGCUGAUCAGCAGCGGGGUCACCCCGAAGCUGCAGAACCCCAGGCAGCAGUCCGCUUGCUUGCGACUCUUUCUGCGCUGCUGCCUGCAGAUGGACGAGAACAUGCGCUGGUCUGCCCAGGAACUUCUGCAGCACCCGUUUGUAACGUCAGCCAAGCCGACCUCCAGCCUGGCGCCUCUGGUCACGGCAGCACAGCGGUUUAUGGCCCACCGAAGAUACUAGCCCUGGAAGAGGCCACUGUUGUUUGUUGUUUCAAGUUUUCAGUUUCUUGCUCCUAGUUUGUAGUUUCUGAUCUCUAGUUUCUAUUUUGUUUAGAUUGAUAGUCAAAAUAAAUACUUUAAAUCCUUCACUCUGUUGAAAGCUUCCCUUUGUUCUCACCCUGUGAACAAGCUCUAAAUUUGCUUCUUAAUGGUCAGGCGUUUCUAAACCAUGGGCAGACGCAGGGAUGGGCACAGUUUGUGGCACAGUUUGGAUGUGGGCAGAGGUCUUCUUCCUUCAUUGCCUCCAGGCCACAACCUCCUGUGAAGAUACAGGCUUUUAGCUGUGAAGGGACGAGCAGCGUAGGGCAAAAGCGAGUAGAGCAGUGGUGUCACUGCUGAAGGUCAAUCAAGCAAAAGGGUGCCCUGAAGUUUUAUGUCCAUAUGCUCUUUCUGUCCUUGAGAUCGGUGUCUGAAAAUAAUGUGCUCUUUG